AACGAGUACAACAGUACUAGCAUAUACAUACUGUAUAUUUAAAGGACAAAUAGUAAAAGUUGUUGUGCACAAUGGCCAAUUUCUUAGUGUAUAUUAUAGGAUUAUAAAUAUUGAAGCAUUAAUGUGUACAUCAACUUCUUAUUAAAGAUGGUUAAGCUUUAUAUACUUUAUCUGCCGGGUAGCUUGUGAAUUUACCCCCGAGGUCUAUGAAGUUUUUAUCUUAAUCUAUAAUGCAUAGUUUGCAUUAUUAUUAUAAAGAAGCAGAAAAUGUAAAUACUGCCAAGUGUUCCAUUUCAGAAUUAAACUUGCUUUCCACGAAUGAGAUGCAUAUUUAUAAUUUAUAAUAGUUUUGUAAAAGCUGCAAAUUACUGACAUUAGAAAAUGCACCCGUGUGGCCUUUUAAGACAUGUGCAUGUUUUUAGCUUUGCCGGGCAGGAGAGGGUUAAUGGAGCAGCACGGUAGGGGUGGGAACACUUUCCCAGACACACACACACACACACACACACACACGGAUAAACAUACACAAGUCUGGUCUCUCAGAGACAGUUUAGUCAUCCAGUGAGCAAGACGGAAGACUGUCGACCCCCUGUUGUCCACGUUUGGAGAAGAAGUCAAAAAGCGCAGCCAUGGGGAAAGGAUGCAUCACAGUCACCAAGUACUUUCUAUUUCUCUUCAACCUCCUCUUCUUUAUCUUCGGAGCGUUGAUCAUGGGCUUUGGCCUGUGGGUCCUCUUUGAUAACCAGAGCUUCAUUGCUGUUCUACACGAAUCAUCACACACGGUGAAAGUGGCGUCUUACAUUCUCAUCGGAGUGGGUUCCUUGUCAAUGGCCAUGGGCUUCUUCGGCUGCAUAGGAGCCAUCUACGAAGUUCGUUGUCUGCUGGGUCUGUACUUCACCUGCCUCCUCCUCAUCCUCAUCGCCCAGGUCACUGCUGGAGUUCUCAUCUACUUCCAGAGAGAUCUUUUAAAAUAUGAAAUGUCCAGCAUCAUAAAGGACAUGAUAAUCAACUACACUGGGAAGAACAGGACCACAGAGCAGACCUGGGACUACAUUCAGAAGUCGAUGAACUGCUGUGGAUGGACCGGUCCAGGCAACUGGUCUGAGAACGUCUUGAUCAAGAACAGCUCCCAUAACCUCUACUCAUGUUCCUGUCGCAAUGCAUCCAUGUCUGGCACGGACAUCAAAGACGUAGGCCUGUGUGAGCAACUGUCCAGAGAAACACCCAUCUAUGAAACGGGCUGUGUAACCAGUGUGGAGAAAUGGCUCCUGGACAACUGUGGAGUUAUUCUGGGAAUCUGUGUCGGUGUGGCAGUCAUCGAGCUCCUUGGGAUGAUCCUCUCCAUGUGUCUUUGCAAGAGUGUCGUCCAGGAGGAUUAUACCAAAGUACCGAAGUACUGAGCUGAAGACAGAGCCAGCUUCACGCCACACACAGAUGGAUAGACUCUUUCCCCCUCUCUCUCUCCCUCUCUCUCUCUCUCUUUCUCUCUCCUAGUCUCACAUUCUCAUGAACACACACACACGCACACACACACACAAAUUCACUCAGCUGUCUCCACCAUUUGAGCUUCUCCUGCCUUGACAGCUGUGCUAAAUUCUCACGCCUCAUAUGUCCGACACACACACACACACACACACACACCUCUCAAUCAAGUUUUGACAUGCGUCCGCAAGUUACCAUUCUUGUCUCAUCGUUUUGUGUUUUUUAAAGAGACAUUUAUAAUGUUUUGGUAAUAUUUUUGGUGGAAGCCUGAGAAUUUUGCGGUUUUGAUACUAUGCAAAUGUUCAUUUACGAGUUGUUUUGUUUUCCAUGGCUGACCUCAAUGAAUCGCUUAACAUAGUUGGUAGAGAGAGCACUUUAGUGACAUUUGGUGAGCCGAGAGCCGGAGCAUCUUCUGACUCUGGGGCAUGGAGGAUGAGAGGGAGACGGGAGGCUGUGGGUGGUGGACGUUCUCGAGGAUUAAUGCCACUUUGUGAUCGUGCAGCUGGUAUUUUUGGUGCGGAGGGUGGAGGAGAGGCCCAGGGCUGAGCCGGGGCAGGGCUGCUGUGGUGGAGGUUUUGGCUUCUGUCAUCAGCUCCUUGUACCCAGAAGCCCUGAUAUUAACCUCCAUUUACACCCACCACCAUCGCCUCCUCCUUCCUCCAUCCAUCCGUCAUCUGUUAGCGUCGCUGUCCUCUUAGGUGUGUCUGACUGGUAACCAGUAGCUUUCCAAAAUGACUAGUUUUGCAUGAAGUAAGUGUGUAUGUGUUGACUGAGGGUUUUUUCUUCUAAUUCUAUAGUCUCAUGUUAUCAUGUUUUGUAUUUUUACAACUGUAUAUAUGACUGGUAAGGGAUUAUGGCACUUCAGUGCUUGGUCAGCGUUUUACAUGAGAAAGCUGUCACCCACAUGCUCUUGUUUGAAGAGUCCUAUUGUUCUUUGUUUCCUCUCUAUUGUUUAUGAUGUACAGAAUGUGGCUGCCACAGCGGCUCGUCAGCACUAUUUUGGUCUGAAUCAGAGAAAUUGGAUCCCUUAGAGUGAGUCUGUCUUCACUCUUGAAGCUGUGUUUUCAUUUCUUUAACAUUGCAUGAGUUUGUGAGCAGACAAUAUAGCUUGCAGUGAUUCUAUAUAAUACAGGCAGCUAUGAACAGACAUUUUUUAUCAACUCCUGCUCUUUGCUAAAAAUUUGUUUUACAUCAAUGUUGCUUUGAGUUUUCCCCCCAUCCCACUUCUCGUCAUCUCGGUUCCUUCAUUUUAAACACGCUAUUAUUGCUGAAUUUAGUAGAUGGAUUGCACUUUUAUGUGGUUUAUAUUUGACGAGUCGUUUCAAAUCAUGUUCAUUAUGCUGCAAUGACACAAGGGCAGAAAGUGUUCAUGAAAGAAAAUUGUGUGUCAGAAUCAGUCAGCCUCUAUUUUGUGACCUGCCAAAUUGAAACGUUAAUUUAUCUUAAUGGGAGAUGAAGGCUUUUUAUUGUGUGUUUAAGAUAUUUUUACACUUUUACAAAAAAAUGAAUAUUGUUUAGAAUAAAUAUAGUAAGACAUGUUUAAAAAGAAAUAUUUCUUUUUGUUAUUGAGGAUUAUUAAUAAACCUGAAUCCAAUAGAAUCCA